AUGGACAGUUAGAAUAAUAAUUAAGAAGAUAAAAAAAACAAGAGUAGCCUUUUUUCAGAUGCCACACUUGAUCCUAUUACAUAGCGUUACAUACAUUCAAAAUAUAAGCUAGCAGAAGGAGAGUAAAAUUUUGCAAAUAUAGACCUUAGAAAUAUGUGCGAAAAUGUAGUUGAUGAGCUUGAGACAUUAGAAAGUGAAGCCGCUUAUGAUUAUUUAAAGGUAGAAAAUGAAAUGAAAGACUUAGAUGUUGAAAUAGAUAAAAGCGAUUCUAUUUUGUCAGAAUUAGAAAAAGUCUUAGAAAAUUUUAGAGAUCACUUAAAUGAAAUAAAGAGUUAAAUGACUGUUUUGCAAGAGAGAUCUCUUAAAAUGAAUAUUUCUUUAACAAACCGUAAAAAUCUAUAAAAAUUAAUGAAUACAUUCAUGGAUUCAGCUGUUUUAGAUCCAAAAUUAAUAGAUGCAAUUAAUUCAGCACCUAUUGAUUAAGCUUACGUUCAACAUAUUAAAGUUCUAUGCUAAAAGUUAGAGUAUCUUCAGAAUACGAAACUGCCAGAUGCCUCAGUUGUAAAAGAAUUGGAACCUGAAUUAAACAAACUGAAAAACAAAGCUUGUGGCAGAGUUAGAUAAUUUUUGCUUGACAAAAUUGAUAUCCUUAAAAAGCCUACCACUAAUAUUGAAAUUCAAUAAAAAAAUGUACUUUUAGACUAUCGUGUAUUUACUGAAUUUUUGAAGUGUCACUAUGAGGAAAUUUAUGCAGAAUUAUGCAACAAAUAUGCUGAAGUAAUGUCAAAAGUAUACUCCUAAUUGUUUGAAAAGAAUGUAAAAGAACUUUAAAAAUUAUGGGUCGAACUAUACAACAAAUCGGAUACUUUAGUCUGUGAUAAUGCCUCAAACAUGAGAACAUUUAUCACUAUAAAAAACGGAGGAAAGUUAGUUGAUGUAUACCCUGAUAAAAACAAAUCAAUUUUCGAUUUAAUGGAUCGUGAUUUAAUCUUAAAAAAUGAAAGGUUAAAUGAUGGCUUUAUAUUUUAUGCUUCAGCCUCUAAAGAAAAUCAGCGCUUUACCAUUGAACAAAUUUUCAGAAGCAUGAGCAAGUUAAUUUUAAGUACAGUUGUCAGUGAAAUAGCUUUUUCAAGUUAAUUCUUUAACUUAACAAAUGCACAAAAUUCCAAGAUAUUUAAAGAAAUUUUUAGUUAAACUUUUAAAAGCUUAUACAACUUCUUAUAAACUAUGUUGACUGAAAGUUAUGACUGCAAUGGUAUGGUACUCAUUAUUUUGAUUAACGAAUCUUACUAACGUGAAUACUCUGAAAUGUAUGCUUAAUCUUAAGUACUUCAAGAAUAUUUUAACUAUAUUAACAUGUUAGUUUGGCCACGUUUCGAAAAAGUAUUCGAAGGUCACUGCUAAUCAAUAUCAGAAAAAAAUUUAAAGUAAUACAAAUUACUUGAAAAAUAAUUUAGCUUCAAGCCGAUUGUGCAGCGUUAUGCAGAUAUAAUUAUAUCUUUUUAUAGACUUUAUUCAUAUUUCUAAGACAACAAAAUGAUAUUUAUUCGUAUCGAAAAACUACGUAAAGAUUUUAUAAAUAUGAUCAAGAAGAAUGCAUAAGAUAUAGGAAAAGGUAUUGACAGAUGCAAGUAUCUUCUCCUUAUUUAUGAUUUAAUAUUUACCAACAUACCAACUAAGAAAGAGUACCAAAAGGAAAUAACUGAAAUUGAAAAAGAGUAAUAAAUUUACAUAACUGAAUUUGUUAAUAUUUUCCUCAAAGAACUCUUUGGUGAUAUGAUUGAUUUUAUUAACUAAAAUCUUACUAAUAAAAAUAAUGGUGAAGAGAUAUAAGACUAAAAUUAGAAAAAUUAUUCAUAAAAUUAAUCUAACCCUGCUGAUCAUGAACGUUUAGUUAAAACAAUUUGUGGUGAUUUCAAUAGCUCACGUAAUAAACGUAUAGACACAUUUAAACAUGAAUGUGAAAAAAUAUUUGAAGGUACUCAAAUCCUUAAAAAGAUCCUCAAGCGUUUUUUGAAUACUUUUAUUUAAUACUACGGAACUUUCUACCGUUAUUGCCAACAAAAGCAUCCAUAGGCAGCUGCCACUCUUAUACAUUACAAUGAAAUCAAUAGUGAUAUCUAAAGCUCAUAUGGAAUUUGA